AUGUCUUCUCCUCAUACUCAAGCCAUUACUCCUGAUUCUCCUGGUGUGCACGGGCGUUCCAGUUAUAUAUACAGCAGCGACACUGCACGAACACGCCCGAAUUCGAUGGACAUUCACGAGAAAUAUGACCAUACCAGGCACCUCGAGCAGGCCAACCAAGCCAGCUCUGACGACGACCUUGACCAUGUUACGGAAUUUCCUAAUAAAUGGGCAAAAAUUCGAUACUUCCUCCGGGAGCCGGCGGCCGAAUUUCUUGGGACCAUGAUUCUCAUCAUCUUUGGCACGGGCGUCAAUUGUCAAGUUACCCUGUCAGGUAGUACUGCAGUAUCGUCAGGUCCAAAAGGAGAAUAUCUUUCGAUUUCUUUUGGAUGGGCCAUUGGUGCGGCGCUCGGAGUAUGGGUAUCUGGUGGCAUCUCUGGUGGUCACAUCAAUCCAGCAGUCACCCUUGCCCAGGCUAUCUUCCGUGGAUUUUCGUGGAAGAAGGUGCCUUCCUACAUUCUUGCUCAGACCUUGGGUGCAUGCACUGGCGCGGGUCUUGUAUAUGCAAAUUAUCACCGGGCCAUUGACUUGUUCGAGGGUGGGCUUGGCGUAAGGACUGUACCCGGCACUGCUUCUUUGUUUACGACUUUUGCUGUGGACUAUCUUUCUAAUCUCCAAUGCUUCUUUUCCGAAGUCCUUGGAACUGCUAUCCUUCUCAUCGUGGUCGCUGCGGUCACUGAUAAGCGCAAUGGCCCUCCCCCCAGCGGGUUGGUUCCGCUCGUUAUUUUCAUUACAAUCCUUGGGGAGGGUGCUUGCCUUGGUAUGCAAACUGCAUAUGCGAUCAACCCUGCUCGCGAUCUUGGUCCUCGUCUGAUGUGCUGGAUGGCUGGUUAUGGCCGCGAAGUGUGGAACUACCGAAGCCAGUACUGGCUCUACACCCCUAUUAUCGGUCCUAUUGUUGGCGCUAUUCUCGGCACUGCCAUUUAUGACGCCUUCCUCUUCACCGGCUCGGAAAGCAUUUUCAACAAGCCGGAUGCUGCCACCCGCCGUCGCCGCCUUCAUGCUCCCGCCGAAGCUAAGGGCAAGAUUAUUCCCUCUGGAGAGGACGCGGUUUAG